GUUAAAAGAACUUCCCCAAAUCGCGUACAUUCAUUUGUGAAUUUACUCAAUGCUUCUCCAUUCAUCGUCGAGACGGUCGUUAGCAUCGUCGUUUCGGCUAGUCGCUCCUUUUACAUCGUCUUCGUCUUCAACAGCGUUAUUUUCUUUGGUCACCAGCCAGAGGCGAGCAUACUCGGAAGAUACACAUCAGGUGACGGCAACAUCGGCAAAACCAAAGAGGGUAAUCUUUUCUGGUAUUCAGCCUACCGGUAUACCCCAUCUAGGGAAUUAUUUCGGGGCACUCCAGAGAUGGGUGCAGCAACAGAAUGAGGCCGACGCGGAUACCGCAAACAUUUAUUCGUUAGUCGAUCUGCACGCGAUCACAGUGAAGCAGAAUCCAAAGCAAUUGAGACAAUGGAGGAAGGAGUCUCUUGCAGUUCUUUUAGCCGUCGGUUUGGAUCCAAAAAAAUCGACCAUCUUCUUUCAAUCACAUGUGCCUGCACAUUCAGAACUCAUGUGGAUAUUGAGUUGCACGGCAUCAGUUGGUUAUCUCUCGCGUAUGACGCAGUGGAAGAGCAAACUGGCGCUGGAAGACAACGCAAAACCGUUCGACACGCCGCUGCAGCUGGGAUUGUUUUCAUACCCUGUGCUCCAGGCUGCGGAUAUCCUCGUACACCGCGCGACCCACGUACCGGUCGGAGAGGAUCAAUGUCAGCAUCUGGAGUUUGCGCGAGAGUGUGCGGCAGCGUUCAAUCGGGCAUACGGGAAAGUGUUCGUCGAGCCGGCAACGGUGCUUUCCCCAGCGAAGCGCAUCAUGUCUCUCACAAAUCCAACAAAGAAGAUGUCGAAAUCAGACCUCAACGAAAAAUCGCGAAUCUUGAUCACGGAUGACUCUGCCAUAAUCAAGAGCAAGGUCAACAAAGCCAUCACUGAUUCCGAAGACGCGAUCACAUUCGACCCGGCCACGCGUCCGGGUCUCUCCAACCUUUUACAGCUGCUUUUUUAUGCUGAGGGACGCGUGAACGGGGGUCCUGACGAGCUUGCAAAAGAGCUGCAAGGCGCAUCAAAAAGGGCCAUCAAAGAACGAACGAGCAAAGCAAUUGAUGGACUGCUGCGGCCUGUGAGGGAGCGUUACGAGGAGAUCAUCCAGAACGACAAGUAUCUGGAGGAAGUUGCCGAGGUGGGAGCUGAGAAAGCGAGGAAGAGCGCAGCCGAAACGAUGAAGCUGGUCAAGGAGGCUGUUGGAUUCUAAGCGCAAAAGAGCAUUUGAUACCCGUGUAUAUUAUGUGUUGUUACAAUGUACAGCUCUCGGCUCACUCCGAAUUCAGCCCAUUCCAGACGCCACGCG